AUACUGCCGUUCUCAUUUUCUUCUUCAAAGUUCAAAUCUUUUCACCCUUAUUUAACACAUCUUUAUCCAAUGCAGUCUCGUUGAUGUUUUCUUAUAUCAUCAAUAAUUUCCAAGAGUGGAAAAACCCAUCUUUUUGAAGUUUGUUUUGGUUUUGUUUCACUGAAGAAACCUCCUGAAUUUCUGUAAAUUUCUGGGGGAAAAAACGUUGGUUUUAAGAGAAGAAAACAAGGGGGAAAAUAAACCAUGUUGAAUCUUAACCUUGAGAUGGUCUCAAGUGAGUCAUCUUGUGAUGAGAACAUCAUCAUCAUCAACAACAACAACAAGAUGAAUUUAACUCUAAUGGAAGAUUCAGGUUCUUCAAAAUCUUCAAUCAUCAACGAAGAAGAUGUUCCAUUAUCCAAUGCAAAAGAUGAGGACUCCUUCAACGACGCUUCCCCGGCAUUCGUUUUCGAUAUCUUAAAGAAGGAAAAAGACGAUGCUACAAUUGCUAAAACGGUAGAAAACCCUUCGCCGGACUUCGUUUCUCGACAGGUUUUUCCGGUCACUGGAGUAAAAACGGGUCUAGAGUUGGAGUUCGGAACAAAAGCUUUGGCUAGUAGUAGACCCCAAUGGUUGAAUUUAUCUUAUGCUGAGUCCACCGGUAAGGCCGAGCUGACGACUGCUCCGAUAAAGCCACCACCUAGGAAGAGCCGGCGAGGGCCGAGGUCCCGGAGCUCACAGUACCGCGGCGUCACAUUUUACCGGAGAACUGGCCGGUGGGAAUCACAUAUAUGGGAUUGUGGGAAGCAAGUAUAUUUAGGAGGAUUUGACACUGCCCAUGCUGCCGCCAGAGCAUAUGAUCGAGCUGCAAUCAAGUUCCGGGGAGUUGAUGCCGAUAUCAACUUCAUUUUGAGCGAUUACGACGAAGACAUGAAACAGAUGAAGCACAUGAGCAAAGAGGAAUUCGUGCAUUCUCUUCGUCGACAAAGCAACGGAUUCUCGAGGGGGAGCUCCAAGUACAGAGGGGUAACUUUGCAUAAAUGUGGUCGAUGGGAAGCUCGAAUGGGACAAUUCCUCGGAAAGAAGUAUAUGUAUCUUGGAUUAUUCGACUCUGAAGUAGAAGCUGCAAGGGCUUAUGAUAUGGCUGCCAUGAAAUGUAAUGGAAGUGAAGCUGUGACCAACUUUGAGCCAAGUACUUAUGAAGGGGAGACUACAAAUAGUGGAGCCAAUUAUCAUCACAAUCUCGAUUUGAGCCUCGGGAUUUCAGCACCUUCGGUCGCUCAAAGCGGGAGCCAUUUUCAUAACGCUGCUAGCACAGGAGAGAGGCUGCAGUUUGAGAGUUCUGCUUCUGCAUCUGUGGGCGGACAACCUCAACACAAUCUAGCAUUUGUAGCUAAGCACCCUCCGAUGCUGUCCGGUGUUUACCCCGGUGCUCUUUUACCGUACAAUGAGGGAAGGGCAAUGCAGAAGAGAGCUGAAGCUGUUCCGUCGUCGACCGGAUUCUCGAACUGGGGAUGGCAAAUGCAAGGGGAUCGUAAAAUUAACCCAACCCCGGUGUUUCCUACAGCAGCAUCAUCAGGAUUCUCUUCGUCCACCGGCAUUGCUUCAUCGACUAUUCUCCCGUUUAAUGAUUCCGGAUGAAACCUUUGCCUUGCAACACCGGCUACGUCCACGAAUAACACUUCUCAUUACUACAAUUACAGGAGCACUUUACGGAAACUUUUUGUAAUGCCUCAUUGUGUAAGUUUGAUUAGUAAAACGAGUGAAAGCUGUAACAAUUGUAGUAAAUCCAUGGAGUUUGCAUUUGUUUCAAGUGUGUAAUACAAGAAAAACACCUUGUACUUGUUGACGUUGCAGCACUUAAAAGUUCUUGC